UUAUUUGUUCAAGAAUGCGCUCUAUGUUUUCGGAAGGAAAAACUGCUUGAAAACAAGCUGUUUUACGCUAAAAAUGCAAAAAUGGCGGGAAAAGGUUGUCUUUACAAUGUCAUAUUUCUAAAUUGUGGGCACUUGAACCAAAAUGAAUAUUAUGUAAACACAUCACAUAUGAUACUGCUGACCAAGUUAAUACCUGUUUUUACUUUGAUGUGCCUGAUGUUUCAUCUUAACACGGCUUCUACCACAGACAGUACACAGGCGGCCAUCACAGCGACAACACAGACUGCUUCCACUGACAGUACACAAGUUUCUACAGCCAUGGCUGCCUCCACAGAGAGUACACAGGCUGGCUCCACAGAGAGUACACAGGCUGCCUCCACUGAUAGUACACAGGCUGCCUCCACAGAGAGCACACAAGCUGCCUCCACAGAGAGUACACAAGCUGCCUCCACUGAUAGUACACAGGCUGCCUCCACAGAGAGUACACAGGCUGCCUCCACAGAGAGUACACAGGCUGGCUCCACAGCGAGUACACAGGCUGCCUCCACUGAUAGUACACAGGCUGCCUCCACAGAGAGUACACAAACUGCCUCCACUGAUAGUACACAGGCUGCCUCCACAGAGAGCACACAAGCUGCCUCCACAGAGAGUACACAAGCUGCCUCCACUGAUAGUACACAGGCUGCCUCCACAGAGAGUACACAGGCUGCCUCCACAGAGAGUACACAGGCUGGCUCCACAGCGAGUACACAGGCUGCCUCCACUGAUAGUACACAGGCUGCCUCCACAGAGAGUACACAAACUGCCUCCACUGAUAGUACACAGGCUGCCUCCACAGAGAGCACACAAGCUGCCUCCACAGAGAGUACACAAGCUGCCUCCACUGAUAGUACACAGGCUGCCUCCACAGAGAGUACACAGGCUGCCUCCACAGAGAGUACACAGGCUGGCUCCACAGCGAGUACACAGGCUGCCUCCACAGAUAGUACACAGGCUUCCUCCACAGAGAAUACACAAGCUGUGUCCACAGAUAGUUCACAGGCUGCUUCCACAGAGAGUACACAAGCUUCUAUCACAGUAAGUACACAGGCUGCCACCACAGAAAGUACACAAGCUGCCUCCACAAUGAGUACACAAGCAGCUACCACAGAUAGCACACAGGCUGCUUCCACAGAGAGUGCACAAGCUGCAACAACAGAGAGUUCACAGGCUACCUCAACAGAAAGUACACAAGCUGCCUCCACAGAGAGUACACAGUCUGCCUCAACAGAGAGUACAAAAGCCGCAUCCACAGAGAGUACUCAGGCUGCCUCAACAGAAAGUACACAAGCUGCCUCCACAGAGAGUACACAGGCUGCCUCAACAGAAAGUACACAAGCUGCCUCCACAGAGAGUACACAGGCUGCCUCUUCAGAGAGUACUCAGGCUGCCUCAACAGAGAGUACACAAGUUGCUACUAUAGAGACUACCCAAGCUGCAUCCACAGAAAGUUCACAGGCUGCCUCCACAGAGAGUACACAGGCUGCCUCCACAGAGAGUACACAGGCUGCCUCCACAGAGAGUACACAGGCUGCCUCCACAGAAACAACACAGACUGCUUCCACUGAUAAUACACAAGUUUCUACAACCAUGGCUGUCUCCACUGAUAGUACACAAGCUGCAACCACACAGAGUACACAGGCUGCCUCAACAGAAAGUACACAAGCUGCUAGCACAGAUAGUACACAAGCAGCGACCACGCUGAGUACACAGGCUGCUUCCCAAGAGAGUACACAGACUGCCUCAUCUGAUAGUACGCAAGCUGCAACCACAGAGAGUACACAGGCUGCAACCACAGAUAUUACACAAGCUGCCUCCACAGACAGUUCACAGGCUGCGACAACAGACAAUACACAGACCGCCUCAACAGAGAGUUCACAAGCUGCCUCCACAGAGAGUACACAAGCUGCCUCCACAGAGAGUACACAAGCUGCUACCACAGAGAGUACACAGGCUGCCUCCACAGAGAGUACACAAGCUGCAACUACACAGAGUACACAGGCUGCCUCCACAGAGAGUACACAAGCUGCCUCCACGGAGAGUACACAGGCUGCGACAACAGAGAAUACACAGACCGCCUCCACAGAGAGUACACAAGCUGCCUCCACAGAGAGUACACAGGCUUCAACCACAGCGAGUACACAGGGAGCCUCCACGGAGAGUACACAGUCUGCCUCCACUGAUAGUACACAAGCUGCUACCACAGAAAGUACACAAGCUGCAACUGCAGAGAGUACACAGACUGCCUCCACAGAGAGUUCACAAGCUGCAUCCACAGACAGUACACAGGCUGCCUCCACAGAGAGUACGCAAGCUGCUACCACAGAGAGUACACAAGCUGCAACCGCAGAUAGUACACAAGCUACCUCCACUGAUAGAUCACAAGCUGCAACCACAGAGAGUACACAGGCUGCCUCCACUGAUAGCACACAAGCUGCAACCACAGAGAGUACACAGACUGCCUCCACAGCGAGUACACAAGCUGCCUCCACAGAGAGUACCCAGGCUGCCUCAACAGAGAUAACACAAGCUGCAACCACAGAGAGUACACAGGGAGCUUCCACAGAGAGUACACAAGCUGCUACCACAGAGAAUACACAAGCUGCCUCCACAGAGAGUACACAGGCUGCCUCUACAGAUAGUACACAAGCUGCUACCACAGAGAGUUCACAGGCUGCCUCCACAGACAGUACACAAGCUGCAACCACACAAAGUUCACAAGCUGCCUCCACAGAGAGCACAAAGGCAGCCUCAACAGAUAGUACACAAGCUGCUACCACAGAGAAUACACAGGCUGCCUCCACUGAUAGUACACAAGCUGCUUCCACAGAGAGUACACAAGCUGCAACCGCAGAGAGUACACAAGCUGCCUCCACAGAGAGCACACAAGCUGCAACCACACAGAGUACACAGUCUGCCUCCACAGAGAGUACACAGGCUGCCUCCACUGAUAGUACACAAGCUGCUUCCACAGAGAGUACACAAGCUGCAACCGCAGAGAGUACACAAGCUGCAACCACACAGAGUACACAGGCUGCCUCAACAGAAAGUACACAGGGAGCCUCCACAGAGAGUACACAAGCUGCUACCACAGAUAGUACACAAGCUGCAACCGCAGAGAGUACACAAGCUGCCUCCACAGAGAGUACACAAGCUGCAACCACAGACAGUACACAGGCUGCCUCCACACAGAGUACACAGGCUGCCUCCACAGAGAGUACAUUAGCUGCAACCGCAGAGAGUACACAAGCUGCCUCCACAGAGAGUACACAAGCUGCUUCCACAGAGAGUACACAAGCUGCUUCCACUGGUAGCACACAAGCUGCAACCACAGACAGUACACAGACUGUCCCAACAGAGAGUUCACAAGCUGCCUCUACAGACAGUACACAAGCUGCAACCACACAUAGUACACAAGCUGCCUCUACAGAGAGUACACAAGCUGCCUCGACGGAGAGUACACAGGCUGCCUCCACACAGAGUACACAGGCUGCCUCAACAGAGAGUACACAAGCUGCAACCGCAGAGAGUACACAGGCUGCCUCCACAGAGAGUAUACAAGCUGCCUCCACAGAGAGUACACAAGCUGCAACCACACAGAGUACACAGGCUGCCUCCACAGAGAGUACACAGGGAGCCUCCACAGAGAGUACACAAGCUGCUACCACAGAGAGUACACAAGCUGCCUCCACAGAGAGUACACAAGCUGCUACCACAGAGAGUACACAAGCUGCAACCGCAGAGAGUACACAAGCUGCCUCCACAGAGAGCACACAAGCUGCAACCACACAGAGUACACAGGCUGCCUCCACGGAGAGUACACAGGCUGCCUCCACGGAGAGUACACAAGCUGCUUCCACAGAGAGUACACAAGCUGCAACUGCAGAGAGUACACAAGCUGCCUCCACAGAGAGUACACAAGCUGCAACCACACAGAGUACACAGGCUGCCUCCACAGAGAGUACACAGGGAGCCUCCACAGAGAGUACACAAGCUGCUACCACAGAGAGUACACAAGCUGCAACCGCAGAGAGUACACAAGCUGCCUCCACAGAGAGUACACAGACUGCUACCACAGACAGUACACAGGCUGCCUCCACUGAUAGCACACAAGCUGCAACCACAGACAGUACACAGGCUGCCUCCACAGAGAGUUCACAGGCUGCCUCUACAGGCAGUACUCAAGCUGCCUCCACAGAGAGUACACAAGCUGCAACCACAGAGAGUACACAGGCUGCAACCGCAGAGAGUACACAAGCUGCAACCGCAGAGAGUACACAAGCUGCUACCACAGAGAAUACACAGGCUGUCUCUACAGGCAGUACUCAAGCUGCCUCCACAGAGAGUACACAAGCUGCAACCACACAGAGUACACAGGCUGCCUCCUCAGCAAGUACACAGGCUGCCUCCACACAGGCACCUGCCGAUAUCAUUAGUAUGCAGUUAGAACUCGACACUCAGACGACUGUCGAUUUAACCAAUGAAACUACCCAAGAGUAUAUCGAAUUCAAAGGAAAAAUAAAGCAGUCGCUUGAAGCUUAUUACAGAAGGAAACUUGGAAACGCAUUUCGUUCCGUCACUGUUCUGUCAAUGAGACAGGGUAGCGUGCUCGUCAAUUACACACUGUCCACUGAGAGUGAUGUGAAGGGAGAGGUCAUUGACGCCGUCCGGGACCUUGUCCAGGGGACAGAAACUGUCAGCAUUGACGGUAAUGCCACAUCCGUCAAGUCAGGAGUCAUUCAGGCGGAGACAUCUGAAAUUGUCUUGGAUAAGGAUACCCCGGCCGACAAUUGCCAGAUUUACACGUCUCUUGUCAGUUGCUCCGCAGACACUGUCUGUGUGAUUGGGUCCUCAGGAGUACCCGCAUGCAAACCCGUUGUCAAAAACGACAACUUUUCGCUGAUCCUCGGCCUGGCUAUUGGUAUCCCCGUCUUCUUCGUGCUAGCCUUUAUCAUCGCCCUGAUCUGUAUACUGAUGAGGAAGAACAAGAAGAGCAAACGACUGAGAGAGGAAGAUGACUGGGAUGCCAGAAACUACCCCCAUCUCUCUCUGCCGUACAAAUACGACAACCACGGGUUUUAUAAACAUCAUUAUUUCAUGCCAGAUAAUAUGGAAUUAGAGGUUCUACCCACAGAAAAAGCUUUUGCAGGAAAUGCACCUUGGAAUGUAACAGCUGGUUUUGAACAAUGGGACGAGUAUCGAAUGCCACGCCCUCAGAUGUAUAGAUCCCCGCAUCCUGUUUUUGUGAGUGACACGUAAAACGAAUGCAAGUGCAUUGAAUUAUAUCAGAGUGCGUCUCCGAAUGAAUGGGAAGAGAAUAUAUGAUACUCGGACUCAUCAACGGAUCUCAAAGUCUGCCAAUGGAAUGUUUUUCCUACUUAUUUAUGAGUUAAUGUUUGAUUUUAUUCUGUAACCAUAGUAUAAGUGUUUCGACGCGAGCGAGAUCUACGUUCAAACCAUUCAUAAUCAAAAUGACGUCAUGAUGAAUACAUGUGUGGUAAUGAUUGCACAAUGGGGGCCAGUUUCAGCCAUGAAAUCGUCUUCAACAUUCCUAGAACAUCAUACGACGUGUAAUGAAAAUCAAAAUCAUCACAGAAGUUACAUAUUGUGGUUUCACCUUAUACUGUAUGUUUAAAGCGUUAUCCGUAUGUCUUCCAAUGACAUUCCAUUCCCUGCCGGGGACUUAUUCAGAGAUCGGGGUGUAUGCUUUAACACACGACCAUAUUGGCCAGUUAUAUAGUCUUCUACAAGAUUGAUAUAAGGGUUUUAAUGAACCCCUAGUUCUCAAUUUGGCUGCUUAUUUACGAAGCCGGGAUUGAGUGUGUGCUAUGCGUAUUUAUAAUUUUAUACCAUGUUUCAAUGCAGUACUUAGUAUAAGUGAUCAUUGUUGUUAGAUAGUGCGUUGAUAAGGGCUGUUGGCCCUUUUUGUUUUCCAAUAUUAUAAUGAUUUGUUUAUAUGCUAAAAUGUAAUCAAAUGGUGUUCAAAGGUGACUUCAAAUAUGUUCAUCGACAAUGGCUCUUUUAUACCCAAUGUAUACGUAAGCAGGCAUUUAUAUUUAUCCCAUGUUGGCGUGCAAUCCUGUUUGAUUGUUAUAUAUAUUCAUAUACUGUACAUCGAUUUUCUCAAUUUAUAUUUUUAUAUGUUUUAUAGUUAAUUUAUAUCAUUAAAAAUUAUAAAAUAUGCA